AUGGCAGACAAGUCUUAUUUAACUUGCCAAAUUUUUCAAGCUAUUGAAAAUAAUGAUGAUGGUCAGAAUUUAUGGAAUUUACUUGAACAGAUAACAACAUCUCAUGAAGGAAUUGUUUAUAUAACAUAUGCUGGUGAAACCCCAGAAACUUUAGCUAAAAAACUUAAUCGACCUCGUUUAUUGCAAUUAUUACAACUUCAUCAAAAAUUAACUUAUAUGCGAGCACAAUUUCAAUCUUAG